AUGUCGAUGGCCUCCAGAGCUGUCCCCAGGGCCCGUCUCCCUCUCCCUCUCCCUCUCCCUCUCCUGCUCCGCCCGCCGACCGCCCGCCCGCUCUCCUUCCUGCAACCGCACACCCGCCGCCCCCGCCUCCCCUACCUCCUCCGCCGCCACGCCCCGCCGCAAACCACGCCCCUCCCCCGCCUCACGCUCCACAACACCGGCAACCACCCGCGCCUCAUCUCCGACAAGACGCGCGAAUACCUGCUCCGCGAGUCCCUCAUCGCCGCCCGCAUCGUCGUCGUCGGCUACACCGCAAUCUUCGCCACAACCGUCCUCGCCUUCGCCGGCGCCAUGCUCUACGUCGAAAGCACGCACCCAACACCGCCCGCGCUGCCCCGCACCGCCCGCCUCGGGAUCACCUUCGCCCGCGUGCUCCAGCGCUUCACGAGCCAGACAUGGCUCGCCGUCGAGGUCCUCCGCGACACGGUGCAGCGCAUGCCGGCCUGGGAGGGCCAGAGCGCGCAGUGGCGGCGCGGGUACAUCACGGCCAUGAAGCUCCUUGCCGAGCUCCUCGAGGAGGAGGAUCAGUAUGCCGAGGCGCGCGAGUGGUAUCAGCGCAUCCUGGACACGCCGCGGGAGAGCGACGAUGCGGAGUGGGCGGACCUCAAGGUCGCUGCUGCGCUCCGGGCUAGCAGCAUUGCGGCCUUUAUGGGUGAUCUGGAGGGCGCGGAGAAGGCGCUGAGGAAGGGUGUUGAGUGUACGGUGCCGCCGGGGGACUCGGAGGUGUUUCCGGGGUCGGUGGACGGGUUGAAGGCGCUGACGGAGCUGGGCGUGUUUUAUGCGCGCUGUGGGAGGGAGCCAGAGGCGUUGGAGAUCUUUACGAGGGUGUUGGCGGCAAGGAGGAGGGUGCCGCCGCCGGCUGACCCGGCUGAUUCAAAGGCUGCGGAGGCGGUCAGUGAUCCGUGUGCGGAGGCUGUGACGAUGGCUUACAUUGGGGAGGUCAUGUUUUCCAUGGGGGACCGCCAGCAGGGAGUUGCGUGGAGUAAAGAAGCGUAUGAUCGGAGUGAGCCAUUGGCGCAGUUGCGAGGAAAGUGCAAGGAGUGUGCGUUGGUUGCAGCAAAGAACAUCGCUGCUAUGAUUGAGCUUAUGGAAGAGGGGCAGAAGGAACAGAAGGAGAAAAAGAGCAGGUGGAGCUUGUUUUCGGGGGCCAGUGGAGCGGAAGAGAAGGAGAAUUUGGAAGAGUGGGAGAACAGGGCCUUGAGGCUGGAAAGUAUUCGGGCCACGAAAGGGGCUUAG